AUGCAGGCCGCCACAUGGACAUCUCACCGGCUAGGGGCGCAUGCCCCGUGGUCAUCCUCAGCUCAACUGCCGGGAACAUGGCCAAGUCUUGAGGUUUGCAGGUCUAGACUUGCUGGCAGAGGCUCUGUCUUUCCUCUUUUUGCAUUCCUGUCUUUCCACCUUGGCCAGCGUUGGCAAGUUAGAGCACGCCGUGCAGUGUCCUCGGACAGUGCGCGGUGCAGUCUGCUGAUUGAUGGUGACUCCGUGGCCCUUGGCUUGAUGACAAAUGCGAUAGGCAUGCUUCAGUCAGAGGGACUGAAGGUGGAAGCAGAGUUGUUUGCACCUCCGGAGAACAGCAGCAACAAAAAAUGGGCUCGGUUUAUCAAGGAGUACGAUGUCAACUUUUGGCCAGUUACGCGGCGGGGUGGCGAGCGGGACUGCAACGACGACGCCAUCAUAGCCAGAGCUCGAAAACUGGCACGAAGCUCACGGGUCUCAUGUAUAGCCCUGCUGGUUUAUGAUUCGGACUUUGUGGGCAUUGUUGAGGAGUUGAAUGCGCUUGGAAAUCGCGUGGUGGUCCUUGUUCCGGGCAACUUUUUAUCAUGCCUGAGCGCAUUUCGCGCCACAUCUGCCAAGGUUAUGCAGCUUGCAAAAGGCCCUUUCACAGGGAUCAGAGUUCGCGCCAUCCUUCACAAAGACGGGCAGGGCGAGGUAGGCCUAGACGACUGGGAAAAUCCUAUGACUGAUGAUGACGGUGUACGCAUGAUCUGGAAUGCAUUGUCAAAAGCUGGCUAUGAGAGAGAGGAGGGCAGCCUGAUCCCAUGCGUUGCCAAGUACUGGCUUUCUCACGGUUAUGGACCCUUGACGGUAUUCCCCUAUGGCUUUGCGCUUACUGCAAUUGUGGCGCGCAUACAACCGGACUCAGCAAGCAGGCAGUCCAAGGGGCAGAUGGCAUUCGUUCUUCCGUUGGGCAGUGGAUCAGCGACCAAAACCUCUAUUGAGCGUUACGGCGGCAGACUAGCUGCAAGAGUAUUUGCAGGAGGUGGGCCAUUCGUGCUUCAGGACUCGCCUGGCAUGGUCAUGCAGGUGCUAUCAAAGCUUGGCUACUUGGAUAACGACUUAAACCCUGAUCUGCAUGACUCACUCCUUGCUUUUUGCAACAAAACGGACAACAAGCGCCAUUUGCGAAAGCUGUCUUUGCUCCCAGAAUCAGGUGAGGGACCAGCCGGGGUUCUCGACAAGUUGCGACAAGCCUUUCUGUCAGAUCAAUGUCAGGGCACCUGGAAUCUGCCUGCGGGUGACCGAGUCGUUCGACAGGUGCUUCGCAAGGAGGGCAUUUUGAGAAAUGAGGAGGCCUCAAAACUUGAAGUGCUAGAAGCCAUGAAGGAGCACUUUUGGAAAAAUGGAUGGCCCGCAAAGAAGAAUUAUGUGGCCUACGUCCAGCAAUUUCUAGCUCGUGUGAACUGCGAUGCUCCCGACCACCGAGACACGCUGGACUUUUGA